AUGACCACACAGAGUGGUGCCGCUGGCACGGCGCCCAAAGCGGCCACCCUGCUCAACCACACGCAGCACCCCUACUGGUCGCUGGCCGUGGUGUUUGGCGCCUGGAAGUCGUGUCUGCUGGCCAUUGCUGUUCUUGCCGCGUGGGCUGGGCCGGCCUACGACACCUCGGGCGACCUGCUCCAAGUCAUCGCCAGCAGCAACGGCACGACGCCGUACGCCUCUGCAACAGGCGGGCAUGCCAUCCCGUCCGGCGGCAUCGUGUCCCGGCUGACCAGCUGGGACGCCAUCUACUACGUCGAGGCGGCGCGUCGCGGGCACGUGUACGAGCAGGAGUGGGCGUUUGGCGCCGGCCUGCCCCUGGUCGUGUCCUUGGCCCGGCGUGCCCUGGCUGGUCUCGGCGUGGAUGCACCCGUGGCCGUCGUCGCCGUCGCGUAUGUGCACAUUGCCCACCUGCUCGCCGUGUUCGCCCUGUACCGUCUCGGCUGCCAGCUCUGGGAGGGCGCCGCUGGCCGCACCACGGCCUUUGUCGCCGCAUGUCUGCACGUGCUGUCGCCGGCGGGCCUGUUUCUGUCGGCGCCCUAUGCCGAGAGCAGCUGUGCCCUGUUCUCGUUUGUCGGGUAUGCGGCCCUUGCUGCAGGCCGCACGCAGGGCCUGUCCGUAAAGGGCGAUGCCCUGCGCCUGCUGGCCGGCGCGGCCUUUGGCGUGGCCACGCUGUUCCGCAGCAACGGCCUGCUCAACGGAGUCGUGUUUGCCUACGAGGCCGUGCACGGCGCUGUCACGUUCCUGCAGCAGCCCAGCCCACGGCUUCUCCGCCGGCUCGUGAGCAUUGGUCUGGGCGGCCUGGCCGUCGCGGCAGGAUCGGUUGUGCCGCAGGUCGUGGCCUACUUCGAGUUCUGCAUCGAGCCGUCGGGCGUGCCGAGCGAAGUCCGCCGGCCAUGGUGUGCACAGCGUCCGCCCAGCAUCUACAACUUUGUCCAGGACCACUACUGGUAA